AUAGAUGUUCAAGUUACAGGUUCGUGCCUGCGUCCGGCCCUGCUGGUCGAUAAAAUCGGGAAGAUAACUCCCCGACCCCAGAUACCGCUUCACGAGUGUCGAACCAGUCUAACCCCCAAUUUCGUUCAACCUCAUUCCGGUGUUGGUCCGCUCCCUAAAUCGACGCAAAACGAGCGAGUACGGUCCUGGCACGGGGCCACAUAAUCCCACUUCACUUCCCAGCACAACAGGUCAACCGUCAACCUGGAAUCGGCUCGAAAAGCGGUCAUCAGAAUGUGUACAGGUGUUUUUUAAUGUGGCUACGCGUCGCUGCUACCAUUUUCCCUCACGUUUUUACUUAGGUGUUCAUGGAAUCGCUCACCAGCCAUAACUCCAGCCGCGGAACCAGGUGAUCAUGGCCAACACUGCCGCCGAAACGGAGGCAGAUUCGGGUAGUGGCGUAGCGACGUUACAGCAACAGGACGACGAGAACGACAAUGAAGAGAGGGUGACCGCUUCCAAUAUCACCAAUUACGAUUCGUCUGAGGGCGCCAGCAAGUGCAAUCGUCGUAGUAAUCGCAAUCGGACGUAUAUCCACGGCUCCGCCCGCUUACGUCACGACGUUCCCAGGUGCGAUUUCGAGGCGGUGUCGUCCUCGGCGUUGUCCGCCCACGUGACGCAGCUUCAUCCAGCGACCAGCGAGACCGACAUGGAAGCGGAAAACAACAACCCCCCCGCUGACCGUAUGCACCGCAAGAUGUUCGAGUGUGACGUGUGCAAUAUGAAGUUCUCCAACGGGGCGAAUAUGCGCAGACACAAGAUGCGUCACACGGGCGUCAAACCGUACGAAUGCAGGGUGUGUCAGAAACGCUUCUUUCGCAAGGAUCAUCUCGCCGAACAUUUCACCACUCAUACCAAGACGUUGCCUUAUCACUGCCCGAUUUGCAACCGCGGGUUCCAGAGGCAGAUCGCGAUGCGCGCGCACUUCCAAAACGAGCACGUAGGCCAGCACGACCUCGUCAAGUCGUGUCCUUUGUGCAACUAUAGGGGUGGGUCCAUGAAGAGUCUGCGGAUACACUUUUUUAACAGACACGGCAUCGACUUGGACAAUCCCGGCCCGCCCGGUUCCCAAUCGCAAUUGAUAGCAGCGGCGGCCCAACAGGGCUUCCCUGAGGGCGCGCUCAGCUCGCUGAACCACCUCAACAGUAACCUGUCGGUGUCGGUGACCACCGGUGCCACCUAUAGCGACUCAGGCGACUCGACCGGCGCUCGUUCGACCGACAACGCGACCCCACCCAUGCACUUCCUCACCCCACACGUCGAGAUCUCCAUGGCGGACGCACCCCUUUCCGACGACCGACCUAGGUCGGACCAAGGUGGGGGCGGGGAAGCAUCGCAGAUCAACGGCGACUGUCCGAAUUCCCCGCAAUCGGCGGACUCGAAUUCGAACGCACCAUCCAGCAGUCACAUCCAGAGUAACUCAUUGAGGAUGGAACAGGAGACGAGCAUCACGCCCUCUAUAUCGCUUAUACCGAUUAAGCAGGAACCUGCGGAGGAAUACGGAGACCACGGACCGAAGAGAAAUGGAUCAUCGAAUCCGGGGAACUCCCCAUCGAACAGCGUGCAGUCGGCCACCUCCAGCAGCCUCAGCUCGUUGAUUAAGGUGUCGCCGCUAAAAAGUCUGCUGCGGGACGACUUAAAACGCCGUAUCAUAUCGAAAAGCAACACGGGCGGAGGCGGCGCCCGCGCCGCUUCCCGUUCUGCCGCCGGCUCGCCCAACAACAACAAUUCGGACGCGUCGCCGACAGAGGGCGCGACGACGACGAACGGAGCGAUUACGUCGACAGGGUCGGACCAGCCCGGCGAAUCGCUCUUGUGGCGCGCGAUCGGCAAGCAAAGGUCGGGGCUGCAGUGUAUCUUUUGCGGCAUCGGGUUCCCAGAUCAAACGCUCUACUUCCUGCACAAGGGUUGCCACUCGGACGCUAACCCGUGGAAGUGUAACAUAUGCGGGGAGCAGUGUUGCAAUGUCUACGAGUUCAACUCGCAUUUACUCAGCAAGAGUCAUCAGUGACCCCGCUGACUGGAAAUUAGUCGGUUUAUAUUUCCGGGCGAUACCUUAGGGCGCGUCCCUAAUCCGCAAUUCGCCGUCCGUUCCGCCAAUGCGGAUUUUCCCUGCCCACGUCGCCGUACUUAUUUAUUUACCGAUUUUUUGAAAACAUUCCAGACGCUUCCCACCUUUUUUAACAUUAAGUUGACUCAGUUUUCGUUUUUUUAUAAUUUAACGUGAAACAAAUAUUAGGAAGCGCGACGACUAUUUUUGUUAAAUUAACAUUUUCCUUUGUUAUUUGAUUUUUUGCCGUUUGUUCCUCUGUUUUUUCGUCAUCUCUAAUUUUUUUCUGUUCUCCUUCGCGUAGGAAAUUUUGUCCGGUCUGGAUGACAAGUUUCUUGCGGAGAAAAUAAAUUUUGCUCAAAAAAAGAAAAACAAGCGCCUGACAAAGUGAACCUUAUAUAUAAUUAAAACAAAACAAAUUAUACUCGCGAUAUUAUUUUGUCGCUUAAAAGUGCCUAAUAAGAAAGUAACCAAGACACGAAAUCAUUGUCCGUCCAUGUUGUUGAAUUUUAUAUAAAUAUUUAAUAGAUUUAUAUACACUAUAGAACGUUUUCAUAUUUUUAUUAGUGUAAUGAUUCGCUUGUUAGAUAGGAUACUUUUUUUAUUAUUUAGAAUAAUCGUUUAGGUUAGUUCGGCCCUAAGCGAAACGAUGAAAAAAAACGCAUACAUUCCACUUUCAAGACCUCCCAUGUAAACAAACAUUCCGGCAUAUGAGCUGCCUCCAGUGCAAUGGUUUGUUUUCGUUUUAUUAAAUUCCACGGGAUACCGCGGAAAUCGCUGUACCUACUUCAUAUUAUAUUUAUUUUUUAAUUUAUACACUGUUUUGUAAAAUACAAUUUGUAUUUUUGGUGAAUGGGAUAAUAAAUUUAAGGUU